UCGGUGAGGAUUUUCUCGAAUGCUCUGAAAGAGUACAAAAGCCGCUCAGACGCGCAGUGGCUUCAGAUUCGUUUCACAGCUGAGGUGACAGCGAAAGCGAGAGACCAGAGCGCAACAGACCCCGGAGCUUUCCGCAACACAUAUUUGGGACCAAGAUGCCUGAGCUACAUGACCAACCAAUGGAGGAGGAGACAGAGACCUUUGCAUUCCAGGCUGAGAUUGCUCAGCUGAUGUCCCUGAUUAUCAACACCUUCUAUUCCAACAAGGAGAUCUUCCUUCGAGAGCUCAUCUCCAACUCCUCGGAUGCCCUGGACAAAAUCCGCUAUGAAAGCCUCACCGACCCCUCCAAGCUUGAGUCCGGCAAAGAGCUCAAAAUCGAAAUCAGGCCCAACAAAGAGGAGCGCACCUUGACCCUGACCGACACGGGCAUCGGCAUGACCAAGGCCGACCUGAUCAACAACCUGGGCACCAUCGCCAAGUCCGGCACCAAGGCUUUCAUGGAGGCGCUGCAAGCGGGCGCCGACAUCUCCAUGAUCGGUCAGUUCGGCGUGGGUUUCUACUCUGCGUACCUGGUGGCUGAGAAGGUCACCGUCAUCACCAAGCACAACGACGACGAGCAGUACGCCUGGGAGUCCUCUGCCGGCGGCUCCUUCACGGUUAGGCUGGACAACUCUGAACCACUGGGCCGUGGAACCAAGGUGAUCCUACACCUGAAGGAGGACCAGACAGAAUAUCUAGAGGAGAGACGAGUCAAAGAGAUCGUGAAGAAGCACUCGCAGUUCAUCGGCUACCCUAUCACACUCUUUGUGGAGAAGGAGCGGGACAAGGAGGUGAGUGACGAUGAGGCGGAGGAGGAGGAGAAAGAGAAAGAGAAGGACAAGGAGAAGGAGGAAGAGAAGGAGAAGGACGAGGACAAGCCUGAGAUUGAAGACGUGGGCUCAGACGAGGACGACGACCACGACAAAUCUUCAGACAAGAAGAAGAAGAAGAAAAAGAUCAAGGAGAAGUACAUCGACGAGGAGGAGCUGAACAAGACGAAACCCCUCUGGACCCGCAACCCAGACGACAUCACCAACGAGGAGUACGGCGAGUUCUACAAGAGCCUCACCAACGACUGGGAGGACCACCUGGCAGUCAAGCAUUUCUCAGUGGAGGGCCAGCUGGAGUUCCGCGCUCUGCUGUUCGUGCCUCGCCGGGCGCCCUUCGACCUGUUCGAAAACAAAAAGAAGAAGAACAACAUCAAGCUCUACGUGCGCAGGGUGUUCAUCAUGGACAACUGCGACGAGCUCAUCCCCGAGUAUCUCAAUUUCAUCAGAGGCGUGGUGGACUCUGAAGAUCUGCCCCUGAACAUCUCCAGAGAGAUGCUGCAGCAGAGCAAGAUCCUGAAGGUGAUCCGCAAGAACCUGGUCAAGAAGUGCCUAGAGCUGUUCACAGAGCUGUCUGAAGACAAGGACAACUACAAGAAGUUCUACGAGCAGUUCUCCAAGAACAUUAAGCUUGGUAUCCAUGAAGACUCCCAGAACAGAAAGAAGCUCUCGGAGCUGCUGCGAUAUUACACCUCAGCCUCUGGAGACGAGAUGGUUUCCCUCAAAGACUACGUCACGCGUAUGAAGGACAACCAGAAGCACAUCUACUACAUCACAGGUGAGACCAAGGAUCAGGUGGCCAACUCUGCCUUUGUGGAGCGCCUUCGCAAAGCUGGCCUGGAGGUCAUCUACAUGAUCGAGCCCAUCGACGAGUACUGUGUCCAGCAGCUGAAGGAGUUUGAGGGAAAGAACUUGGUUUCCGUAACAAAGGAGGGUCUGGAGCUGCCUGAGGAUGAGGAGGAGAAGAAGAAGCAGGAGGAGAAGAAGGCUCAGUUUGAGAACCUGUGCAAGAUCAUGAAGGAUAUCUUGGAGAAGAAGGUGGAGAAGGUCACGGUCUCCAACCGCCUCGUCUCCUCACCCUGCUGCAUUGUCACCAGCACCUACGGCUGGACGGCCAACAUGGAGAGGAUCAUGAAAGCUCAGGCCCUGAGGGACAACUCCACCAUGGGUUACAUGGCUGCCAAGAAACACCUGGAGAUCAAUCCGGACCAUCCCAUCAUGGAGACCCUGCGGCAGAAGGCCGAGGCUGACAAGAACGACAAGUCGGUGAAGGACCUGGUCAUCCUCCUGUUCGAGACCGCCCUGCUGUCCUCAGGGUUCACACUGGAAGACCCCCAGACACACGCCAACCGCAUCUACAGAAUGAUCAAGCUUGGUCUUGGCAUCGACGAGGACGACGCGACAUCAGACGAGGUCACCUCUGCUCCCGCUGAAGAGAUGCCUCCUCUGGAAGGAGACGAUGAUGCAUCCAGGAUGGAAGAAGUGGACUAAGCUGUCCUGUUAACCCCACUAGUGUUUUGAAAAAGGUUUAUUGUACAGUUCAGAGCUAAAUGUUGUAAAUGAGCUUGGGAAUGUCUUCGGUUAUCCUUCGUUUCUUGUUCAUACUUGACCACUUUAAGUUCAUAUCAUUCCUAUUUUAGGAGUUCAGUUUCCUGUUAAAGUGUCAGGUUUUGUACCUCAAGUCGUUAAACUGCAUUUGUGUUUUUUGUAUUUAUUGACAUUCCAAAGUUUUGUUUUUUUUCUUACCUGUAAAUAUCUCCAAGUUGAUACUGUUAUUUCAACAGUUGGGCACAUAAAUAAAAGUUGAACAUGCUAACAAG